AAUGCUUAGUUUUAGUUCAUUUUUUUAAACGCCCCCACUCUCAAACUAUCUGUAUCACUCACAUACACACGCAUACACUUUUCUUACAUCAACCACUUUAAGCUGCGGUCAUCUUUGAUCUGUCGAUUAAUUGCCAGAUAUUGUUUUUGGGGGGGGGGAUGUUUUUAGAAAUUAAAUUAAAACAAACAUUAUUGAUACUUAUGAACCAUUCAAGCCCUUUGCUAAUUGACCCUGGUACUCGUCACAAUUUCAGCACUCACUGCUUAUCUGGUUUUUGACCGUUGAACAAACAGGUAUAAAGAGAUACUUGAAAAAAUGGACUGACAGUUCAACUUCAGACUCUAUCGUCAUUGAGGCCUCGAGGAGGGAAAAUGAAGAAGUUGACAGUAGCAGUGCUCUUGAUUUCUUGUUUUUCAUCCGCUUUGGGCUCACGAUUUCCUUGGAAAUUUGGCACUUGCUUGAGGCCCAGGCUUAGCAAGGAGCUUAACACAACAAAGUUUUUCAAUGGCCAUUGGUACGCUUUGAAAACAGUUGGAAACUAUCUUUUUGAUUCGCACGGCUCUUGUUUUGGCACUGAGGUCAACCUGAGAAACAACGGUCAAAUCGAUCUGCUUCAUUUUCAAUUCGAGUCAAUGUUUUCAAAAUAUGCCUACCUCAGGGGCACAGCCCGCGCCAAAUUCACCAAGUUCAUGGGUGCUUUCUUCCCAGCUAAAUACGACUUUGUAGCGGGAUUGUAUCAGUACGAAGCACCGUUUGCCAUCGUUGACACAGAUUACGACAACUGGGCUUUUGUCUAUUUCUGUAACCAGUAUUUAGGCGUCAAAUUAGAAAUGGCAUGGAUGGCUGGCAGGGACAGGACGAUGUCAUAUUUGGACAAGUUGGAAAAAACGGCCGUCCAACUCGGCAUGGACCCGUCCACGUUCUCCACCCAGGACAAUUCCGACUGUCCAACCGGUGAGCCGAGCUUGUAAGCACAAGUUUGAAUCUCCCUCCACCACGGAAAGCUCGAAAAGGUUCGCGCUUCUCUGUGUAGAUGGAAGCACGUGGACGGACGAGGUCGGCUUUCAGGAUGCACACUUUUUACCAACAAUGCCCGGCUUUUCGUUUAAUUGAACAACAGCCGGAUAGUUGUACCUGAAAUAUCAUUAAAAAUUAUUUUUAAUAAAGAUU